AUGAACACAGAAGAGCAGCAAGAAGAAGCUACUCAACACAAUGCUACCGCCUCUCCACUUCUUCGUCUCCCCGCAGAGAUCCGCAACAUGAUCUUCGCCUACGCCCUCAGUCAUGGCGACAUCGAGCUGAACGUCGUUCCCAGGAUACAAAACGCACCCAGUCGUAAGGGCUGUUGGAAGCAUCUCAACUGGCCAAUUCCUGUCAACAUCAGUCUAAUCUACGCAUGUCAACAGAUUCACUUCGAGACCGCACUACUUCCAUACGAGCUCAAUGUCUUUGUAGUUGCCGGGAGCGACAGGGCGUUCCAGGACUUCUUUGCACACCGGACAUUGGCACAGGUCGGCGCUCUGGCGAGAGUGCGGUGGGUACCGAACACGCGUUUGGGAGUGCGACCCGCGACCGAGUGGUUGGAGCGACUUAGGGUUUGCAGCGCGAGGACAUGGACGAGUCGAGACUAG